AUGGCGGAUCUCGCCGCAGACCUCCCUCUGCUUCGAGAAACUGUCGACAAUGUAUUGGCAGAGAACGAUCCAACACGAGUAGAGUGGCUUUACUAUAUUGGAUCAGAAUACUACGACCGAUUUGGCCAGAGUGACUCCAUGGCAGACCUAAACAUGGCUCUCCAACAUUUUCAAGAAGCUCUAAGUAUAACGCCAGAAGACUAUGAGGACCGGGCAGAACGACUCGAGACUCUCGGAUUAAUACACCAAGACCGAUUCUUCCAAGAGGGAGAAGAAGCAGAUCUAGAUAAAGGCUUCCAAUAUCUUCAAGAAGCUGUCAAUAUAACGCCAGAAGACGAUCCGGAACGAGCAGGUCGGCUUCAUCAUCUUGGAUUAGGCUACCAAGACCGAUAUGAACGAUGGAGAGGUGAAGCAGAUCUAGACAUGGCCCUCCAUUAUUUUCAACAAGCGGUUAAUAUCAUGCCAGAAGACCAUGCAGACCCUGCAGACUGGCUUGAAACUCUUGGGAUAGCAUACUUGUGCCGAUUUUGGCGAAGAAAAUAUAAAGCAGAUCUAUGCGCAGCUCUCCAAUAUCUUGAAGAAGCUGCUAAGAUGACGCCAGAGAACGACCCAGACCGAGCAGAGCGGCUUCAUAGCCUUGGAUUGGGAUAUCAAGGCCGAUUUCACCUAACAAGAGAUGUGGUAAACAUAAAUAUAGCCCUCCAGUAUCUGAAAGAAGCUAUUGAUAGUACACCGGAAAAUGAUCCACAACGAGCAGAACGGCUUCACAGUCUUGGAUCAGUAUACCUAGACCUACAUCACCGAAAUCAAGAUAAGACAGAUCUAAACGAAGCUAUUCAAUGUUUUGAAGCUGCUAUCAAUAUAACGUCAGAGGAUGAUCCAUCUCGGGCACGCCGGCAUUUUUCUCUCGCCGGAGGGUACCAUGACAGAUUCCUGAGCAUAGGGGGAGACAUAGGAGCGGAGCCAGAUAGAGACUUGGCCAUUCAGCAAUACAAGGAUGGCCUCUACCACGUGCCCUCUCAUAUCGAGGAUCGGUUGAGGUGCAGUGCCGAGUUACUUACAUUGUGCCUUGUAUCCGGAGACUGGGAAUUGGCCUCCCGAGCCGCCUCUGACGCAGUAUCUCUCAUACCUCUCCUCACACCUCGCUUUCUUGAGAACUCGGACAAGCAAUACUUGCUCACCGUCACUGAAGUUAGUGGCCUCGCUUCCAAUGCGGCCGCAAUCGCCUUGACGAUGGGGAAAUCACCAUAUGAGGCCGUGCAGCUUCUUGAACUUGGCCGAGGGGUGAUUAUAGGUUCCCUAAACGAAAUGCGCGCCGACAUCUCUGAGCUUGUGCAGAAACAUGCUCAGCUGGCGGAAGAAUACGUUGAGCUUCGGGACCAACUCAAUACUUCAACCCGCCCAGUCGACCAACUCGGCCUGGGGACAGCGGCAAGGCUCCAAGUCAGCCGACGCCACGGUGCGGGCCAGAAGCUGGACAAGACGAUCCAGGCCAUCCGGAAACUGCCCGGCUUUGACCGAUUUCUCAUGGCCCCGUCCGAAGACGAACUCAAAGAAGCCGCCGCCUCAGGACCGGUCGUCAUCGUCAACGCCAGCUUUCACCGGACCGAUGCGUUGAUCAUCGAGAAACACCAAAUCAGGUCUAUAAAGCUCCUCCAUGUAAGCGACCUCGUCAUUGAAAACCGUGCAGCGGCCUUGGCGGAACCAGAGUCGCUGGACACGCAUUUGCUAGAGUGGCUGUGGGACAGGAUCGCCAAGCCAGUCCUCGACGCGCUGGGAUUCACCCAGACGCCUGACGAUGGUUGCUUGCCCCGGAUGUGGUGGAUUCUCACCGGGCCCCUGGCCAAGUUUCCCAUCCACGCAGCAGGCUAUCAUUCCCGCGGCACCGACACUGUCCUGGACCGCGUCAUCUCAUCCUACAGCUCCUCCGUCAGGGCGCUCGUGCAAAGCCGUCAGGAAAGCGCCACUCUCCCAAAGGAACGAGGGAAAGGCAAAGCUGUGCUGGUCAGUAUGGAAACGACACCGGGCCAUAACCAUCUUCCAUUUGUGCCACUGGAGAUGGCCAAGCUCGAGCGCCUUUGCAGCUCCCUGCGGUUGCAAGUAUGCAAGCCUCGGCCCUGCCGACAAGACGUCCUGGCCGCCCUGAACGACUGCGACAUAUUCCACUUUGCCGGCCACGGAAAGACCGACCCGGACGAUCCGUCGAGAAGCUCUUUACUUCUGCGCGGCGGGCCGCUCGCAGUAGCAGACCUGUUCGAAACCAACCUCCACAACCGCAAGCCGUUCCUUGCCUACCUCUCCGCCUGCGGAACCGGUCAAAUCAACAAUGACAAUCUCAUGAACGAGGCGCUUCAUCUGAUGGCCGCAUAUCAAGCUGCUGGUUUCCGGCACGUUAUUGGGACCCUGUGGGAGGUCAACGACAAGUCUUGUGUCGAGGCGGCAAACAUGACGUAUGAGUGGGUGCAGCAACGAAACAUGGCCGACGACUCUGUCAGUGAGGGCCUUCACCACGCAACCAUCAAACUUCGUGAGUCGUGGGUUUCGGACAACGCAGCCAGAGCAGCUAGAGGCGCUCCGACCGUGACGGAACGGGCGCGUUCAGGCCAAGGUACAGUCAGAUAUCCGAGAGACGCGGAAUUAUGUGAGGAGGCGCCGCUGUACUGGGUCCCAUAUGUCCAUUUCGGCGCCUAG